AUGCCACGCGCCGACUUUAUCGAACUUCCCCGUGAGGUUCACCUCCUGAUCGGAAGGCACCUUCAGCCUUCCGAGAUGGAGGGCCUCAUCCUCUCAUCAAGAGGAAUGCGCGCCGCGUACGCGAGAGUGUUUUAUCACUCCAUAGCCUUUCGGGGCACGAAGAUGGACAUUAUGGGAGACCUUUGGGCGUUUCUCCACGCAUACGCCAACCAGCCCACUACCCGGGCAGUGAUACAUGCCGUGAAGCACAUCACUGUCGAGGUCGAGCCUGGACAGCCAUCUCCAGGACCUCUAGCUGAGCUAGUUCUCCCGCGGCUUAUUGCCAGCUCCUUGGGGCUCCUCUACAACCUCCAGGGGAUCCAAAUGGACCUCUGGUGGUUGUCGGACCUCCAGAGGGAGGAGCUGCGCAACAGGUGCGCGGGCCUGCCUGUCUGGAGGGGCUUACGGUCAAUCCAGAUGGAGGACGAAGCCGACACAGAGCUUCUGGCUAUUCUGGCCAGCAAGACUCGGGCUGAAUCCUUCAGCGGACUGCAACUCGGGGGCCAGCUCGAGUUGCAAGCCGCCAGGCAGUGUUUUCCCUUCCUCAGACGACUGGCCACCCCUUUCGAACUCCCCGCGGCGCACGUUGGCAGUCUGGCCAACACCCCAGCACGAGUUCGGAACAACAGCAGUGGGCUGUUGGAGUUUGGUCGCUUGGAGUGGCUGGUACUGGCACCGGUCCAGGUUCCAGCGGGUGAGAUGGAUGCAGUCCGCACUGACCCCGAGUAUGCCGUGCGUGUCCUUAUCGAGGACUUGUCGAAUCUUCGACACCUCGAACGGCUGGGGUUGGCGUUCCCGAGGGCAAUCCUCGUGGACCGCCAGCCUGGGGUCCCGGGGACUGGCAGGGGUGUAGACGCUGUCGAACAUCAUGUUCGGCAGCUAAACAGCUACAUCUUCGCCAAGCUCCCUGCCCUAAAGCAGGUGGCCUUCCUUCACGGAACCACUGUCUUCAGGGCAGCAUGCGUUUCCUCUUGGGACCCUGUACUGAGCUUGCUCAGAGAAGCCGGCGAUAACAAGCGCACAGGCCCAGCUAACAACGACAACACCAGCAAGCCGGUUAUCCCCCCCUUUCAAAGUUCCCCUUCAAGGAACUCCCUCCAUACACACUAUUCGACCAUGCAUCCCGAGGGUUCAGCCAUAACACUACUGCAAAGGAAACUCUGCAAAAGAGUCCACAAUCCAUAG